CCACAAAGGAAGAUUGAGGAUGUCAGUUAUUCGAGGUAAGUCUUUCUCUGUGUUAAUGUUUUGAUUCAAAAAAGGUUGUGGCUUUGUUUGUUUUGAUGUUUUCCUGGUGAUCAUACACAUGCCUGAUCGAUGCAUUAAUUUUGUAUACAAUUAAGAGAGAGGGAUAUACAGAAGGGUCUUAUUUUGUCUGUUUAGGUGACGUGCCUGAAAAAUUGUCUAUCACCGGCAAGUUAGUUGAAAUCUGUGGGAAUUGAUGUUGUUGCUUUUGUUUUUUUCUCUGCUAUGAUCAUUCGUUUAAGAGUUUGGCAAGACAAUUUGUUUGUUUUAAUUAAUCUUCAUUGAACUCUAAUCUAGACGGAUGAAAGGACAAAUAUAGAUUCUUUUUUCUAUUGCUUAGCUGAUUUCAUUGAUGCCACUCUGAUGUUCAUUAUCUUAGUCACUGGUUAAAUUUGAUUCUAGAUUUCCUUUUAUUCUGUGUAAAUUUUGGAUUGGAAUUUAAGGUUGUGUUUGUUGUGUUUUCGUUUUGCUUUUACCACCAAUAUUUUUUGGGCUUCAACACUUCGGAACUUUGGAUUUUUCUCCUGUAUACCCAUCUUCUUAUUUCUUCCUUAACUUUUUGCUUCUACUUUUGGUUUGGUAGUAGUUGCCCUCAUUGGCUCUGCCACUGCUUGAAUUGCUUUUUGUUUCUCAGUUCAAUUGCUGCAGAAAAUAAACAGAAUUUCAUCAAUAGGUUCUCUCUUCUGUUUGAUCUCUGUCCUGAGGGUUUGAUUUCUUUACUUCAGUUUCAUCUCUCCCUGCUCUAUUUCCUUUUGAGGGGUUUUGUUUCUUUAGUUCAGCUUCAGUUGCCUUGUUAUAGUUUUGGUAUUUUUCCUUAUUUCCUCUUUCAACUUCUUAUUUUCUGGUUUAGAGUUGAGUAGUCUUCAGUGGAAAUUUAACCUCCACCCCUCUCUCUUUUCAUUGUCUGGAACAAAUUGCAUGAAAUUCCUUUGGUUUCACCUCCUUCACAUUCCUGCUGUUUUUUAUGAUCGAAUGAUUCUUGUAUGGACUAUAACAAGUCAUCAACUCAAACAAGGUGGAAGGGAUUCACCAAGGAAUACUAGGUUCUCUGGAGUUAUGGAGAGAGUUUAUGAAUCAUCUAAUGGAAAUGGACAACUAGUAAUGGCCACACGGUCAUGAGGCACUCUCCUUACCAGCCAUUCUCCAAGGGAUCAUUAUCUUGGCUUGUUCUAAGAGUUUUCUAUGUCAGAAUAAGCAAGUGUGAGACUGAUGAUUCAACCCCCAAAUACCUCAAUUUAAACCAUGUCCCAUUGAAUCCUGAUACACUUCUUGAAGUAAAUGGUGUUAGGACUGGCAUCUAUUCUGAUGGUGCAUCCACCAUUCUUAGAAGGGAUCGACUAGAUAAAAAAUCUGAAGAAACCACUUUUGUAAGCACGGAGAGCAUAAAGCUGACAGGAAGUGUGAAGUUCGAGGUCUUUUAUAAGGAUACCUUUCUGCUAUCCGGGGUUUUAGAGUUGUGUGACAGUAAUGGUUACACUGAAAAGUCAAGAGGAAGUGGCCAGAAGUGGACCAUGAAUUGCGAAUCAGUUAUAAGGUCUUUCUUGGGCAGUCCAAUUAUAUUAACUAGAACUUUGCAGCCUAGCUUACGGAAGAAACAAAUGAAGAAGGGGAUGCUGGAUUCAAUACCAGAGUAUGAGGCAACUGAAGGCCAGAAAGAAGUUACUCCCUUGCAGUUUACUAUGGUUUGGGACUUUGGGUGUAAAUCAUCCUGGUGUAUUGUCUUGUUUCUUCGAGGUAUCCUUCUGAACCUCAAACAUCCUGAGUAGUAAUAAUUUGGCAAAAAGAUCUGUUAAUUGUUAGAAACCUAAUACCAUAACUUAGAAUGUAGUUUCCUUAGCUUGAGCUUUUUGCAUUAACAUACCAGUUUAUUGCAUCGAUGCUAGUAUGAUGGUCAAAUCCAACCACAAAACUCUAUUGGAGUUGUUGUUCUUCCCUCUCCACUGUUCUCCUCAAGAAGGUACUUCACAAUGUCUUUUCUCUAAAACAGGUCGAACUGCUGCAUGUUUUUGCAAGAUGAAAUCUUUACCUUAAAAAAAAAAUGUAAUAACGUUUCUAAGAAGCUUUUGGGUCAUAGAUCAAAUAAUAAAGGGUUUUUUAGCUAGUGACUUUGCCAAGUGCCAACCAUAUUGAUGUAUCCAUAUAUUUGAAUUUGGUUAAUUAUUUUGAAAACUAUGGGAAUACAAUACAUAAACCAUGUCUGUUUGAAUUAUCGUUCUGCUUUUCAUUUCUUUCUCAAUUUUGCAGUACCAGAUUACUUGAAUCGUAAAUCAGAAAGUGAAGAAGAGUACAGUUAUGUGCAUUCAGGGAUGUACUAUUUUGAUGGUGAAGAUGGGGAGCUCACUUGGUUCAAUGCUGGUGUGAGUGUGGGAUCUGUGUUGGAAUUGGGAUAGGAGUUGGUUUGCUGGUUCAUACCUACCAAGGCACUACCCGUAACUUUAGAAGGCGAAUACUAUAAUCAACACUUUCCCCUUGCUCAUCCUUUUGCUAAAUAAGUCCUCCAUAUUUUACCAUGGGCUAACUUAAUUGGUGUUUCUAAGAUAUUUCCUUUGUGUAGGAGCUCAUAAUUUUCGAUUAACUGAGACAAGGCAUGAAUUUGAGCAUUUCUUGCCAUUAAUUUUAAAUAAGUAGAUAAUCUUGUUCUAUACUAUGUAUGCUAGCUCGAAUUAGGAAGCUUUCCUACAUUUGAUUUCAUAAGAAAGAGAAUUCAGUCACAUUUUAGCCUCUUCAUAUAGUUAGCUUGUGAGUUUGGUAGGGGCUGAUUACUCUAAAAAUCAUAGUGAUUAGAUUAUUAUAUUUGGUAAACACUUAUUGAUCAUACAUAGUACUGAUCUUGAAUCACUUAAAGUGAUUAGAUCACUGUCUUGAAAGGUGAUCAAAUUUUCAUACAAAAAAGUAAAAAUUUUUUAUCAUUGAGAUGAUGUAAUAUGUAAAAUUAAUAAUAGUUAAUUUUAUUCAAGUGAAGUAAAAACUUAUUACAUCUUAUAAUUGUAAUUAUCUUAUAUUGUAAGUUUUUG